CUUCAAAUCAAAAUGAAGCGGUUGGUUUGCCUGGCUAUUUUUUUUUAUUUGACUUUAUUUUCUGAUGCAUGUGAAAGAGAACUUGUGGGAAAAUGCAUAAAAUCCUAUGUGGCGCUGUUGGACAAGGCGCCGGAUGAAGGCUCUCACUGUACGCGCUUAGAGAUGGUGUUUGGCUGCUUUUGGUCAAAGAGUGGCUGCAAGGGUGAAAACAUAAGACGGUGGAGAGGAUGGGUAUUAAUGGUUGCAACGCUGGAGAAGUUUCUUGGCACAUGCCCGAGGGACGAUCAGCAGCUGCAAAAGUUCUACGAACGCCUUCCUGCUGACUCCAAACCUAGACGUAUCUAUGAGCGGUUAAAGACGAAACCUAUAACUGCCGAGGACAAGCAGUGCGCAACACAAAUCCACAACUCGUGCAAGAGGCAAUUCGUCGAGUUGGUCCGGAAGAAUCAUCGCAUAUGUGAUGAUGGUGGCUUCUGGCUGAAAUGCUAUGAGGAGAGCGGUUGUAACGAGGAGUCAGCGAUUGUCCGCUAUGCAAAGUUCGUUGCAGAGUUGGCGCCAAAACUAGUCAGCGACUGUAAGCGGUCUGAUCUGUGAAACCAUUCGGGGUCAAAAUAUUCGUAUAACCAGUUGCAAAAGAAUACUCUUGUUCCCCUAAAUAUUAAAAGUGAAAACUUCA